AUGUUACAGACCCUAGGUGACGCUCGACUGCCGCCAAUUGCGAGUCCUUGGGACUGCCACUUCGUCCAGUUUGACCGAGGGUCAGUUCGUGCAGAUGUUGACUUCGGGGCUGUCGGAGGUUGCGUAGCUUGCUAUAGCGACCGCAACAUCAGUGGACAGGAGGUGGCGCUGGAGACGAUUCUGCGCUGUUCGUGUUUCGUGGUGCUGGUAUCCAAACAGAUGAUGAGCAGUGAGUUGGUUCGAGAUCCAUUGGCGUUCGCUGAGGGCAAAGGACGACCGAUCGUCCCUGUAGAACUGAACAAUUUGUCGCUUGGACUAUACAAGAGCUACUCCCUCGUACCUGUUCCAUUUACCGGCGUAUGGAAUUGA